UCUCCGGAAAUGGUGCAACGAGUACAAACAGGGACGACAAUAAGCGGAAACACACCUCACCGUCCAAAUAUGGAGGCAAAGGCCGGGUUUUUCUACUUUCGAGAGAUAUUUGGAAUGUUCACGUCUGUUCUCACGAUCGGGACCACCGCACCGAUCAUUGUCUUUAUGUACCUUGAAAACCCAACCAUUCUCAAUGAUUUAGAAACAUCUUGCUCACUAAAGGGGACAUUUGUCUUGUUUUGCUUGUCGGCCACUACUGAAGUUUUCCUGAUAUUGGUCAAAUCCUCCUGCUUUACACUGACCAUUGUUUGCAAGGGUCGUUGUCGUAUCAACUGUUACCACUUAGUCGUUCUGCUCCACUUCACAUCAUGUAUGUUUCUUUUCAUUGGGAUUGUUAUAUAUGCCGCCAAACUGGAUGCUAACAUCUGGUACUGGAAUACCACUACGGUAGCCGCCCUUCUUGCUUUGGUAAACUCUUUCGCCACGUGCAUAUUUCAGAGAGAGUAUCGGAGUUUACGCCGGGAGGAAACACGUGACUCCAGAUUGGCGAAAGGGAUCAGAGAUCUGACAGGAAGUUCGGAAACUCGGGGACUUCAAGAUUUUGAUUUGGGUGGAGAAAAUGAAAAUCUACUGAGUCACAAGGCAAUGGGAAAAGGCCAUGACACGGGACUGCCUUUUCUGAAAGAAUCAAAUCUUGGAAUAAAGAUGCAGACACUAUCAGGCAAAAAUAAGAAAUUUGCAUUUAAAUAAGCCACAAUAUUGUAGUAUGUACACCUGUAAUGGAAAAUCAUCUGCAAAAAUAUGGUGUUUAUUCUUUCCCCGAAUGUUUCGCGUUUAGAAUGUCCUCGGAAUCACGGUCCCAGCAAAUAUUUUCCUGCUGCACGUAUACAUGCUUAUCAGGCACUUAGAAAUCCCAUACGUGUACAUGUACGUAAUAUACCAACGUAUCAGGCACUCGGAAUCACGGUCUCAGCAAAUAUUUUUCCUGCAGCAUGUAUACAUAUGCACCUGUAGGUAACGAAAGUCUGAAAAUAUCUCUUAAGUGACAUGAAAUCCCUUAACCAGUGAUUAGAAAAUAUCUCUUAAGUGACAUGAAAUCCCUUAACCAGUGAUUAGAAAAUAUCUCUUAAGUGACAUGAAAUCCCUUAACCAGUGAUUAGAAAAUAUCUCUUAAGGACAUGAAAUCCCUUAACCAGUGAUUAGAAAAUAUCUCUUAAGUGACAUGAAAUCCCUUAACCAGUGAUUAGAAAAUAUCUCUUAAGGACAUGAAAUCCCUUAACCAGUGAUUAGAAAAUAUCUCUUAAGUGACAUGAAAUCCCUUAACCAGUGAUUAGAAAAUAUCUCUUAAGUGACAUGAAAUCCCUUAACCAGUGAUUAGAAAAUAUCUCUUAAGGACAUGAAAUCCCUUAACCAGUGAUUAGAAAAUAUCUCUUAAGUGACAUGAAAUCCCUUAACCAGUGAUUAGAAAAUAUCUCUUAAGUGACAUGAAAUCCCUUAACCAGUGAUUAGAAAAUAUCUCUUAAGUGACAUGAAAUCCCUUAACCAGUGAUUAGAAAAUAUCUCUUAAGUGACAUGAAAUCCCUUAACCAGUGAUUAGAACAUAUCUCUUAAGGACAUGAAAUCCCUUAACCAGUGAUUAGAAAAUAUCUCUUAAGUAACAUGAAAUCCCUUAACCAGUGAUUAGAAGUAACUGAAAUUCAUUUACAUUUGUCUCUUUGAAAAUAGAUGAUUUCUCAGUGUACAGCAAUAUGCAUGGUAUUCCUAAAUUGGUUAUAUGUUUGUAUUAUUUCAUGGGUCAAUGGAGUCUCGAAUUCAAGUACAUGUGCAUCUGUGUGUAUAAACUUUC